AUGACGGGCCCAUAUGAUCGUCCACCUCAUAUGGAAUCAACCUUACCUCCAGCUGGACCGCCACCACAACAACAACAACCAGGCUACAUGAACCGGUCGCCGCGGUCGAUACACGAGCAAGCUCAGGCCCAUGCCCACGCACACGCCCAAGCUCAGGCCCACGCUCACCAGGCUCAGGCUCAAGCUCAGGCCCACGCCCACGCCCAAGAGCAACGCACCCCACCGGUCUAUGGAAAUGCGCUAGUUGAUCCUCGCGUGGCAUCGCCACGCGCACCAGUCCAGUCGCUGGGGCAGUCAAAUGGACAUGCCCACAGUCCUCACUUAGUGAAGCAAGAGCAUCCUGCCGCGUUGCCCUCUCUGAACCCUAUUGCCGUGUCACCGAAGUCUUCUGAUCCCUCGGGUGCUGGAAAUGCAGUUCCCGGCAUCAACUCAUUAAUGAACGGUGCAGCGCUGGCUCCUCUUUCCUCAACUGCCUCUCCCGGUGGGCCCGCACAGAGCUCAAACGGAACCUCCGCACAGAGCUCUUUCGCCGAGGGACCACGGGAUAUCCCCAAUGAGAAGAUCGGAUUCGGAGGCGAGGAUACAAGGGCGCUGCGCCAGCUGGACCGCGCCUUCAUUGCAUGA